CGUAGGAAGGGUUUCUACGAAACACAUCCCAGUUGGGUUGUUUGUUCUUUAGUGAAGAGAAUGAAUAAAUAAUUUCGAUAUUUCAACGUUUUCACAAGUUUAUGGCCACUUUCGCCAAACUUUUACCAAGAUUACAAAUUUUUAAACCACGGAUCUUGACAACCGUACGUGAAACAUUUCUGAAUUGGAGUACUGAACUGUGAAACAAAGUCUUAUGUGCCAAAAUCCAAGAAAUCAACAUGCCUUUACCUACAGCAAGAUGUGUGGAAGAUCAACAAGACUCCUCUUCUGAGUAUGAUUCUCUUCCUGACAUUUCUGUUGUGGAUGUGUUUGAUCUUGCCUCUGAUGUUGGUAAUGAGUUAGAAAAAAUUAUAAAUAUCCACGGGAAUGAACUAGUCCAAGGUUUGAUGCAAAAGGUGAUUAGAGUUCUGGAGUUGCUUGAUAAAACCUCUAAAAGGCAAGAAUCAGAGCGACAACUUGUAGAAGAGUUACAGAGUAAUAUCAGUCUUCUUGAACGUGAGAAAAGAGAAAAAGCUGUUGACAGGUUACGUUAUGAAAGGGAAAUUGAACAGCUGGAAGAAAACUGGAAAAAAGAAACACAAGAACUUCUUGGGAAAAUUACCAGAGUUCAAGAAGAAAACAAGCGAUUAUCUUCCUCAUUGAAAGAGAGUAAAGAAAAAAUUGUUUCAAAAAAACCUGUACUCAAAGAACCUGAUUGGGACAUAUUUGAAAAGCUCAGGGAAGCUAAUGAGAAACAGAGAGAUCUGUUGCGCUGUAGGGAUAAGGAGUACCAAGAUAAAGUUGCUGAAAAUGAAUCUUUACAAAAUCAGGUGGAACGCUUGACGGAGAUUAAUAAAGAAUUACGGAGAAAGCAAAGUCACAUGUCUCAGCAAAUGAGAACAUUAGUUGAAGAGAGAGCGGAUUUGCAGGCUUUACACCAAGAGCAGUCGAGGAACUUAACUGCACUACAAAAGCGACUGGGCGUUGCACAACGAGACAAUGAAGAUUUGAUUCAGUGCCAGAACGAUGUGCCAGAUCUCACCAAUAAAAUUGUCAUUGACAUCAAUGAUCCGAACCGUCCUCGGUUCACCAUAGCUGAGCUAAAAGAGAUUCUUUGUGAACGAAAUGAGCUGAAAGCUCGCAAUAGUGAUUUGGUUGAUGAAUUAGCGCUAUACAGGCCCAGCAAAAAUCAUUCCAAUCCUGAAAGGGUAUCACCCACAAAUGGCGGUUCAAUUGUUUCUUCCGCUGAUCUUCUUGUAUCAGAAACUGACGAAUCUUCUACUGAUCUACCGGUUCAGGGCCCUCUGCCCUACGAACCGGAUGAUGCGCCAUGGAAACGUCCUACUUCCAGACGAAAGGAGUCGAGCAUAAGGAAAUUGUUUUCUACUUUGUCUUCUUUCCCUCGUUUAUUAGCUCCGCGCACUGUAGAUGGUGCAAAAUGACCUGAAGUUUCCCAACUUGUGAUAUUUUGCUAGCCAUUGUCCUUGUAUAUUGGUUCGGAUAAACCGAACAGAGUGUACAGCGGUAUAAUUUUGUAACGUCCAUUGCUUUCUCUUUCAGGUUUAAAAAACUUGUUACGUUGCCAAGUACGGGACUUUUGAAUCCACAGUGACGAGUACCAAAAGUUGGUUGACUGGUUUCCCCAAAAAACAUAUGCCGAACAAAGUUUCUCGUAGCAAUUUUAGUUUAAAAUCGACUGUCAUUUAUUCGCGGUGUUUUAAAGUUUGCGUCAUUUCCAUUAAAUGUGGCCAUAGGUAUCCAAGCGAUCUGUAAACGUUAUAGGCGUUCUGCCAAUGCCGUUCUAGAAUCUAGUGAUCUGUUCGAUCAUCGAUAGUAAACCAAAUACUAUGUAUCCAACAUAACUACAUGAGAUACUCCUCCACUACUAUAUCCAAAGACUAAAGACAUUUAUUAUUAGGAAGUUUGAUUUGCCAUUAACGAUGUGAAAUACACACAUUAAAAAAAAGAA